UCAUUCACUGCUACUUCAGAGACGGAGACUGAGAAAGAGAGAGAGAUCGGAUCUUGAAACCCCAAAUGGUCGGAGACAUAGAGAAGAUGAUCGCGGUGGGCCUAGUCUGGGGCGCCACCAACGCGCUAAUGCGACGUGGCGCUCUCCUAUGGGACGAAGCCCUCAAGUCCUCCCAGCCACAGCCGAUCACUUCCCUCAAGAAAUGGCUGAAGCUCCUCUCAAUCUGGCAGUACACCAUUCCCUUCUCCGUCAACCUCUCCGCCUCCGCCACUUUCUUCGCCAUUCUCAGCCACACCCCGAUCUCGCUCGCCGUCCCCGUCACCAAUGCGACGACGUUUGCUGCCACCGCCGUUUUCGGAAUUCUGUUGGGAGAACAGACCCACCUGGGCCUGGCCUUGUUCGGUACGGGUUUGAUUGUUCUGGGCAUUUGGCUUUGUAUAACACAGUAGGGUUUUGAAUCAUCAUCAUAUUAUGUAAUAAAAUUCAUAGCUGCCUGCUAGUUUGGCUCUAA